AUGGGUCUGGAGAGUACACUUACGGGCUGCCACAUCGGCAUCAACCCAGGACUGGUCAACCUUGGCUGGGUAGACGACGGCCUCAUCAGCAUCAGCGACUUUGCCUAUCAGCCAAAGUUAGCAAUUAGCACAAGACAGCCAGAGAGAAGCAUGGAGGUCAAUACCGCUGGCAAGAGGGGCGGCGCUGGCAACAGCAGCCAGAAGGAGAAUAAUCUGGAACUUCAUCUUCAGUGGUGUUGA